AUGGCCUCGCCAACUCUUGCCGGCGUGAAGCGUUCGUACGCCGUGAUGGCGGUCGCGUCUUGGGACGGCCAAGUGCCGGAGUCGCACCCAGAACCUCGGCUCUUCUCCGCCGAUGGCAGGAACCAUGCCUCUCUGCCACCCUUCCGGGUUCCUCCGGCCUUCUCGGAUAGGUCACCUCUGAGAGAGUGCUCGUCCAAGUGCCAGUCCCGACCACAAAAUGCCUCCAACCUGCCCGCGUCUCCCUAUGAUGCAGAUGCAUCUAUCGUCCUUGCUGGCAUUCGUGGCGCCGGCAAGACCACCCUGGCCAUCAUAGCUUCCAGUGCCAUGAACCGCAAGGUUGUCGAUCUCGAAAUGGCGUUCCGUGAGAUGACAGGUCUGUCUAGUCCAAACUUUAAGAGGACAUACGGCGCUACUGCUUGCCAAAGCCGCCAAGUCAGUGUCCUGCACGACGUUCUCGGGAGACAUAGCAAAAAUGCCAUCCUCGUAUUCUCGUGGAUUGAGAGGGGUAUGCAAUCUGUUCUGGAAGAGCUAAGAAGUACGAACCCCAUCGUCUACGUCCUCCGCGACCCAGAAGCCAUUCGGCUCCAUUUGAGGAUCGACAGUGUCCAGAAAGCCCGCGACCUGUUGGAUGCAAGCAGCACGUUCUUCAGGAAAUGCACCCGGUACGAGUUCUUCAACUUUUCAGAGGACCACAGCACGACGAGCGAGUUCUCGAGGAGCCGUCUUUCAUCGCCGGCUGCUGCUCUCGACCGGCCUGCGGCGCCAUAUCUCACUCUCAAGCGAGCCGAGCGACAUUUUCUCAAGUUCCUGUCGUUGAUCUUACCUAACGGCACCAUCCCGUUUAUCGAGUCUGCUUUCCCGCUUGCAUCUGUUCCUGCCGAGGAGAGGCAGUUUACAUAUGCCCUUUCCCUCCCUCUCUCGUCGCUCACACUGGAAGAUCUCGAUAUUCAGAAUCUUGAAAUUGGUGCCGACGCCAUAGAGAUCAUCGUGGACGAUCUAGUUACCGAAGACGCCGACCCUUUGCGAUCAUCCCCAGAGAUCGCACCUCACCGAGCCAGUACAAUAAGCCGGGUUGUCGCUCAAGUCAGGCGAGAUACCGUCGUUCCCAUCGUUCUCCAUGUGGCGUGUCCCGACGCCGCGCUCUCCAACGAGUCCUGGCAGGUCCUCUACUUAUCCUACGUUCGCCACGCCCUGCGCCUCACCCCUGAAUACAUUACUGUCGAUCUGAGGAUCGGAAGCCAUCUAUUCACAACUAUCACUCCCGCCAAGGGAACUUGCAAAGUCGUGGGUAAUCUUCAGCUGCUCGAUCCAAACCCGCCGUCGUGGGAUGCCUCAUUCUGGCGGGGAUACUACGAGAAGGCACAAGCCGGCGGUUGCGAUUUGGUGAGGUUUACAAGGAAUGCCGUCGCGCCGACCGAUAACCUCCACGUCCGGCUUGUCCACCACGUUGUGGAGUCGGUUCCUGGUCCAAGAUUACCGCUCAUUGCCUACAACACGGGGAUCCUUGGGCGGACGUCGGCCUGUUUCAAUCAGAUUCUGACCUCGGUUGCACCUGAAGGCUCGGAAACCAAACAGGCUGUACCAGAGUCGGAUGCUGCCGGCGCCUUAUAUCCGGCACUAACGGCCAGAGAAGCGACACAGGCCAUCUACUCGUCCUUUUACUACCAACCCAUGAGGCUCUACGUUUUCGGCGCCAAUGUGAGCUACAGCUUAUCACCAGCAAUGCACAACGCUGCGCUCAGGGCGUGCGGCAUCCCACAUCACUACGAGCCUCACUCGACAAGCAACAUCGCAAGCCUGCGGGAGCUCGUCAACGACCCUCACUUUGCUGGCGCGUCUGUCGGCUUGCCUUUCAAGGUCGAGAUCAUCAGCCUAACACAUUCCCUAAGUCGGCACGCCAAGGCAAUCGGUGCUGUCAACACGUUGAUACCUGUGCGGGAAAUCAAUCCCGACGGUAGCAUCCCCGACAAUGCGUUGCUGUUCCAUGGAAGGAACCUAGCAGGCCCAGUGAAAGCGCUCUACGGGGAAAACACGGACUGGAUUGGGAUCCGAGCCUGUCUUCGCCGCGGCCUCUCUCCGGCCAACGCGGUGCGGCCAAGCAGCAGCGGGCUUGUUGUUGGCGCUGGUGGAAUGGCCAGGGCGGCAGUAUAUGCGAUGUUGCAGCUUGGGGUCAAACAAAUCGUCAUCUUCAACCGAACACUUGCCAACGCAGAGAAACUCGUGUCACAUUUCGAGGCAUCACUGUCGCGUAAUGGUCUGCCGUUGUUCAGUGCUGGUCCUGGAUCCAACGAACCAGCACGAUUCCACAUCAUUCGAUCUCGUGACGAUCCUUGGCCAGAGGGCUACAAGCACCCGACCAUGAUUGUCUCAUGCAUCCCGACACACAGCAUUGGAGGCAAUCCGGCCCCUGAUUUCACGGUUCCUGCGCAAUGGCUGGAAAGCCGCACAGGCGGUGUUGUGUUGGAGCUCGAGUAUAAGACGCUGAAUAGUCCGCUGCUCGAGCAAGUGCGAAGAGAGGCUCACAGAGGCUGGGUUGCAAUGGAUGGGCUGGACUUGCUUCCCGAGCAGGGCUUUGCUCAGUUUGAGCUUUUCACCGGGCGCCGAGCACCACGACGUCUCAUGAGGCGAGAGGUGCUCAAGGCGUACCCUGAUGAUCACGGACGUUCCAACGUUGAGCGACUGCAGCCCCGGCUCGACAACAUCACUUCAGAAGACGCUUGA